AUGCACAUUGCAGAUCCUCCAUCCAUCGUGUACACGACAGAGUAUGCACUGCAUCGGGAGACGGAGUUUGGGAAAGGAGGCCACCUGUCAUGCGUAGUUCAGACUUCUCCCGACACAGAGAGCCUCGUGACUUGGUGGGCCGGUGGGGAACUGCUGGAGGAGGAGGGAGGGAAAUAUCGCAUGACAUCGUCGGUAUUGAGCAAUCAGGUGACAGUGUUUCGCCUGGAGAUGGAGGCAGUGGAGCAGUCAGAUAUCGGGCCGUACCUCUGCCAGCUCAGCUCCCAGUAUAACAUUGAGGAGACUCAAGAGGCAUGGAUAAAAGUCGACUACCGGAAUGAAGCCAGUGUGGAUGUUGAUGGAGGUACAGUCACUGGUGGUGGGAGAGGCGGUGGCUCUAAAUCUCUGGACCAGACGUCAGCUAGUUCUCUCCGCAGUGUGGCAGUCCUCAUGUGUCUGGUGAUGGUGGCAGGACUCGGGACUUGGGGGGUUCUGGUUAAGAGGAGGGGAGACCCUCUGAAGCUGUCGUGCCGCGGAGUCAACGGCUGUCACCUCCAUCCCGCUAGAUGGGCGAACAUUACCGGAGGCCGGAGCCAAGAGAUCAAAUCUGGUAUCAGUGAGACUGGAGUGUUGACCAUCUCAUCAGCUACUUCAGAUGUCGGUGGUCAGAAAUACAGGUGCACCUGCGGUGCCGAGUCCAUGUGCUACGAUAUUCACGUUCCUCCACUGGUGACCAUUGAACAGAGUUCAGCGGAUGUAGUUGUAGGAGGAGAGGUGGAAGUGGCUUGCUACGCAGUCGAUGGCUACCCGACACCCACUGAAAUUCUCCUGGUGCAUCCGAGGUGGACCAAGACGGUACAGAACGGCCAGUUGUACAGUCUCAAAAACCUUGGUCUGGAUGAUUCUGGAAGGUUGGAGUGCAUUCUGCCCAAUGUUUCUGGCCAGCCCAGUGCCGUUGGACAACUGAACGUCUUCAACAAACCACAACUCGUGAAUACCACUGAUGCUGUUGUGAGUUUCGAUCGACAGACUGAAGGCAGACUAGCUACACUGUCGUGCAGCGUGCUGAAGAACCAGUGCAGAACCGUUGUCAUGUUCUCCAAGGAAGGCUCCCCGGUUAAGUUGGACAACAGCAGAUACACCCAAUACGAUAGGGUGUCUCACGAUAGCCUUGUCAGCUUCCUGAUUAUCGGAGGAGUGGGCCCUGAAGACAUUGGCCAUUACGAAUGCCUCUUGUAUGCCAACUAUUCCACACUCAUUCCAGUGGCCACCCAGGGUCUGGAGGUGCUCUCUCUAUCACCUCCCCCUCAACCAACAACUCCUUCUACAGGAGGGUCAACCCCAUUGGAGUGUACUAAUGGAGACAACCAAGUUGUUGUGGGACUGGCUGUGGCACUGGCACUGGUGGUGGUACUCAGCCUCAUCAUCAUUGCCGUACUAGCCCUCUGCCUCUUCCACAACAAACGAUCGACCACCACCCAUGCCAGCAAAGCAAGUAGCACCACUACGCUGUAAAGAAAGACCAUUUUAAAAUCUCAAUUUUCCCUCACCCGACAUUGUUUUCAAGCACACUGUCCAUAUUAUUAUAUCAGCCGGUAUCAAGCUAAUAUCACUUCAUGUAUUAUUAUA